GCACAACAUCUGUGCGCUUCUCAGCUUUGGCUUCAUCUCUGCUGCUGCGCGCGACCUCGCUCCUCUCCAUGGUGAUGAGAAACAAUAGUGCAGCUUAAUAUCCGGGAGUCACGGCGGAAUGUCCGCGAACUCUCUGUGCACCACUAUCUGAGCACAUCUGGAGCGCGAGCGCUGUCCGCGGUGCUGAAGGCGGCGGAGCGUCCGGACAGGAGGAGACAUGAGGUGGAAGGAGGGCUCCCUGAUGCUGCUGCUGGUGGUCAGUCUGAGCCGGUGUAAGGAGAUGAACAGCGCUGCCCGGACACGGCACGCUCCGAUGUCUCCCUCUGACUUCCUGGAUAAACUGAUGGGAAGGACGUCUGGAUAUGAUGCUCGGAUCAGGCCAAAUUUCAAAGGUCCUCCAGUCAACGUCUCCUGUAACAUUUUCAUCAACAGCUUCGGCUCCAUCGCUGAGACCACCAUGGAUUACCGUGUAAACAUCUUCCUCCGCCAGCAGUGGAACGACCCCAGACUCGCUUAUGCAGAGUACCCCGACGACUCCCUGGACCUGGACCCAUCCAUGCUGGACUCCAUCUGGAAACCAGAUCUGUUCUUUGCCAACGAGAAGGGAGCCCACUUUCAUGAAGUCACCACAGACAACAAACUGCUCAGGAUAUUUAAGAACGGCAACGUUCUGUACUCUAUAAGGCUGACUCUAACUCUGUCGUGUCCCAUGGACCUGAAGAACUUCCCGAUGGACGUCCAGACGUGCAUCAUGCAGCUGGAGAGCUUCGGUUAUACCAUGAACGACCUGAUCUUCGAGUGGCAGGAAAAUGGCCCGGUCCAGGUGGCAGAGGGCCUCACGCUCCCACAGUUUAUCCUCAAAGAUGAGUCGGACCUAAGAUACUGCACCAAGCACUACAACACCGGUAAAUUCACCUGCAUCGAGGUGCGUUUCCACCUGGAGCGACAGAUGGGUUACUACCUGAUCCAGAUGUACAUCCCUUCUCUGCUUAUCGUUAUCUUGUCCUGGGUUUCAUUCUGGAUCAACAUGGACGCUGCCCCGGCGCGGGUGGCACUUGGCAUCACCACCGUGCUGACGAUGACCACGCAGAGCUCUGGGUCCAGGACGUCACUACCUAAGGUCUCCUAUGUGAAGGCCAUCGACAUCUGGAUGGCUGUGUGUCUCCUGUUUGUCUUCUCUGCCCUGCUGGAAUACGCAGCCGUCAACUUUGUGUCAAGACAACACAAAGAGCUGCUGCGCUUCAGGCGGCAAAACAAGAGCAAGAAUAAGAACGGCGGCGUCGAUCCGGAGGAGCUAGCCGAGUCCCUGCGCCGCAUUAGCGCCGACAACGGCUUCAAACCGGCAGAGCCUCUAUAUGGAUCAAUGAGCAACAUCUACAGCAGUCCCCACAGGGAAGGAGAGAUCCAUGAGAGCCGGCCGACCUCCGCGGCUGCUGUGACGUCCACCCCCAGCAGCACCAAGGACUCCAAAACCAACAUCAACAACGCCGUAGCAGUGCUGGGUACCCCUAAAGGAGCAGUCAGUACUUCCCAGAAUCCACCUGGAGGAGGAGGAGGAGGUAAAAGCACGGAGGAGAUGAGGAAGCUGUUCAUCAACCGAGCCAAAAAAAUCGACACAGUGUCGAGAGCCGGCUUCCCUCUGGCCUUCCUCUUCUUCAACAUCUUCUACUGGGUCCUUUACAAGAUCCUGAGACAUGAGGACUUCCACAGGGCGUGAAGGAGGCUCCUCCAAGCGCCGUCCAGGAUGGUCCCAACAUCUUAGCUCUGAGGAGGUCCGACUGUAAAGCUUGGACCCUAUUUAUACUGACACUGUUAAGGUUUAAACUUUAAGAUGUUUAGUUAAAAAAGAUAACUGCCACGAUAAUCAGAUCCAGCUUUAUGGCCCCGGAUGUUAAAAUCCAAACCUCAGGAAGUGAUGCUGAAGAUCUGCAGGGUGAAGCUGCGUGAUGUCACCACUUUUCUCCACCAAAGAUAACCCAGCCCGGCGGAUGGACAACAGGAUUUCAGCUCCCAGCAGCGGGUCCAGUGAGGGACCGUUCCAGCCCUCAGAUGGACCUCCUGGUACCUUUCAGGGGGUUUUGGGUCCAGAUUCUUCGUUUAUUCUCACUGGUUCAGUUCUGUCCCAAAGCUUUGCCCGGUUCUGACUGCGGCUCCUUGGUCAUGUUUGUUCCUGCCUAUGUUGUUUGUAAAACUCUCCUUGUGAUUUAUUCUGUCAGCGUUCGUUAAGGUCCGCUCGUUAACUACAGUCAGAGUCAGUUCUGGAACCAACAAUACAUCCAAGGUGCCAAACGGUUCCGGUUCCCUCUGCUGACUCCUUCAGCCGCCUGCUGCUCCUGGUUCAGGUUCAGCUGAUGUUAGAAGGUUACCUGACCUGCAGCUCCUCUGACUUCUGGUUCCCUCAGCAGAGGGUCACAGAUGAGGAGUUUCUCCUCCUUUGUGCCAAAGGUGAGACGUAAGGAGGUGGCCGCUCCUCUAAGGACUCAGAUUUCCGCUGGAACAAGUUUCCUACGAGCAUCCAGCAAAUCUUUGUUUUUAUCUCCAGGAUAAAAGCUCUAAUGGAAAAAUCAGUUUACACAGUUUUCUCUGAAAUGUGAUUUUUAUUUCUUCACAGCUCCUAAAGGCUUUAUUUAAAUAAACAGUUUAAGUAUCUGUCAUUUUAAGUAUAUU